GAAACCGACGACGCGGGAGCGCUGCUGCGCUUCAAGGCGUCCGUCAGCAAGGACCCUAGAAGCGUGCUCUCGUCUUGGCAGCAGCAGCAGCAGAUGAUGCCCGGCGGUGGUGGCGUGCAAGUGGUACGGGGUGACGUGCGACGGCGAGGGCCGGGUUGCGCGGCUCGACCUCGCCGGCUGCGGCCUCUCCGGGCACGCUUCGUUCGAGGCGCUGGCUUCCAUGGACGCGCUGCGCCACCUCAACCUCUCCGGGAACGCGGCGCUCCGUGCCGAUGCCGCCGGUGACCUUCCCAAGCUGCCCCGCGCGAUAUGGACGUUCGACCUUUCCGACGGCGGCCUCGCCGGAAGCUUCCCCGAUGACAUGCAGCUGGGGCAAUACUACCCCAACCUGACGGACGUCCGCCUCGCGCGGAACAACCUCACCGGCGCGCUCCCCGGUAGGCUCCUGGUGCCGAGCACCAUCCAAACAUUCGACGUUGCAGGAAACAACCUGUCUGGCGACAUCGCCGACGUGUCGUUCCCUGAGACGCUUGUCCUGCUCGACCUCGCCGGCAACCAUUUCGCCGGCGCAAUCGCGCCAUCGCUUUCCGGCUGCGCGGGUCUCCAAACACUCAACCUGUCGUACAACGCCCUCUCCGGCACGAUACCGGAGUCGAUAGGCGAUAUCGCCUCCCUCGAGGUGCUCGACGUCUCGUCGAACCGCCUCACCGGCGCCAUCCCUCGCAGCCUCGGCGCGUGCUCGUCGCUGCGUAUGCUCGUGGCCUCGAGCAACAACAUCUCGGGCUCGAUCCCGGAGUCUCUGUCUUCUUGCCGCGCUCUCCGUCUGCUCGACGUCUCCAACAACAACGUCUCCGGCGCCAUCCCGGCUGCUGUGCUGGGGAACCUCACCUCUCUGGAGACCCUGCUUCUCAGCAACAACUUCAUCUCGAGGCCGCUCCCGAGCACCAUAUCCGCCUGCAACAACCUCAGGAUCGCCGAGCUCAGCAGCAACAAGAUCACCGGUGCGCUCUCGGCCGACCUCUGCACGCCCGGCGCGACGCUUGAGGAGCUCCGAAUGACGGAUAACCUCCUCACCGGUUCGAUCCCUCCCGGCCUGGCCAACUGCUUGCGGCUGCGGGUGAUCGACUUCAGCAUCAACUACCUGACCGGCCCGAUCCCGCCCGAGCUCGGUCAGCUCCGGGCUCUGGAGAAGAUCAUGACGUGGCUUAACAACCUGGACGGCCGGAUUCCCGUAGAGCUCGGGCAAUGCCGGAGCCUUCGCACGCUCAUCCUCAACAACAACUUCAUCGGCGGCGACAUCCCCGUCGAGCUCUUCAGCUGCACGGGCCUCGAGUGGAUCUCGCUCACGAGCAACAUGAUAAGUGGCACGAUCCGGCCGGAGUUCGGCCGACUGUCCCGGCUCGCUGUGCUGCAGCUGGCCAACAAUAGCCUCGUUGGCGCCAUCCCCAAGGAGCUCGGCAACUGCAGCAGCCUCAUGUGGCUCGACCUGAACAGCAAAAGGGCAUGGUUUUCCACAUUGUGUUGCUAG